UUUUCAAGAUAGUGAUAGAGCAGAUUAAAGGGGAGAGAGAGAGAGAGAGAGAGAGAGAGAGAGAGAGAGAGAGCGCUAAAAAAGAAGGGGGCAAAAAGGCAUAGACUUCCUAAGAGCUAGAUUCCAUGGAGGAACACCUCAACCCACUAGCAGCCACUCAUCUCCUUCAACACACUCUCAGAAGCUUGUGCCUGCAUGAGAACUCCCAGUGGGUUUAUGCUGUCUUUUGGAGGAUCUUGCCUCGGAACUAUCCACCCCCCAAAUGGGAAGCUCAAGGAGCUUAUGAAAGGUCAAGAGGAAAUAGACGAAACUGGAUAAUGGUUUGGGAGGAUGGCUUCUGCAACUUCGCCGCCUCAACGGCAGUGGAGUCCGCCAGCGGCGAUUACCCGAGCUCCUCAGUGUAUGGCGACUGCGAAUUCCCGCAAUACCAAGGACUGCAACCGGAGCUUUUCUUCAAGAUGUCUCAUGAAAUUUAUAACUAUGGAGAAGGUAUAAUUGGAAAAGUGGCUGCAGAUUAUAGCCAUAAGUGGAUACACAAAGAGCCAAACGAGCAAGAAAUCAACUUCUUGUCAGCAUGGCACAACUCAGCCGAAUCACAUCCUAGGACAUGGGAAGCACAGUUUCAGUCUGGUAUAAAGACGAUCGCAUUAAUUGCAGUUAAAGAAGGUGUGGUUCAGCUUGGUGCUGUCAACAAGGUGGUAGAAGAUCUCAGCUACGUUGUACUACUGAGGAAAAGGUUCAGCUACAUAGAGAGCAUUCCCGGGGUGCUCUUGCCUCACCCAUCAUCUUCUUCAUAUCCCAAUGUGGGAUACAGCGGCGCACCAGACGGUGCAUGGCACUUCGAAGCGAACCUUCAACCGCCGUCUGACCUUUGCGACCCAUUCAACCAGCCAUUCAAGAUCACGCCAUCCAUGAGCAGCCUCGAGGCGCUUCUCUCAAAGCUCCCGUCGGUCGUGCCGCCGCCAGGGUCCGAAUACUGCCACGAGCAACCACUGAUGCAGUUCAUGACUCCGCCACUGGAGAGGCCGCCCGUGGUGUUGAUGGCCGGGUUGGAGAAGGUGGAGGCCAAGGAGGAAAUGGAGGAAGAUUAUGGGGAAGGAAGGAGCAACGUGGUAGGCGAGAGCAGCAGCUCAAUGUCGGGUUACCGUCAUCCGGUGCACACGCAGCAGCAUUAUUACCAGCGGCAGGACGUGAACUCAACGAGCAGCGCCAGCAACAAUUGGUUCUAACUACGCGACAUCAAUACAACCUCCACAUUCAAUUUAUAAAUUUAGGAAAAUGGAUCUCUAACGUUUGUAGCUUUAUGUUUCCAGUCUCUCUGUCUCUCUCUGUGGGUACUCACUGGACGAGGCUUGACUUGCAUGGCAGAGAAGCACUUCCAUUGUCAGAUCGAUCUCUAAAGCUUAAUAUGAAAUAAUGAAUCCAGCAGUCCAGUCUUUUGUA